AGUCACGUCCCAGAAGCCUUGGGGAAGGAGAAGCGCCGGGACGCUUUCUGCAUGUAGUCAGGUGUGGGACGUUUUUGCAACGUGGUCUGGCUCUUUGCCGGACGGCGUGCGCCCAGGUGCUUGGCCAGCCGCGGCCUUGCGGGCCUUGAGGGCCUACAAAUUUGGUCUUUUUUUCACUGGUUUAAGAUCUCGUGUCACGCCACUCGGCGCCCUGACCCGGCUUCACCAUGUUGGUGCUGUUUGAAACGUCCGUCGGCUACGCCAUCUUUAAGGUUUUGAAUGAGAAGAAACUUCAAGAGGUUGAUAGUUUGUGGAAAGAAUUUGAAACUCCAGAAAAAGCAAAUAAAGUUGUAAAGCUGAAACAUUUUGAGAAAUUUCAGGAUACAGCAGAAGCAUUGGCAGCAUUCACGGCUCUGAUGGAGGGCAAAAUCAAUAAGCAGCUCAAGAAAGUUCUGAAGAAAAUAGUUAAAGAAGCCCAUGAACCCCUGGCCGUAGCUGAUGCUAAACUAGGAGGGGUCAUAAAGGAAAAACUAAAUCUCAGUUGUAUCCAUAGUCCUGUUGUUAAUGAGCUUAUGAGAGGAAUCCGGUCACAGAUGGAUGGAUUAAUCCCUGGUGUAGAGCCACGUGAAAUGGCAGCUAUGUGUCUUGGGUUGGCACACAGCUUGUCCCGAUACAGAUUGAAAUUUAGUGCUGAUAAAGUGGACACAAUGAUUGUUCAGGCAAUUUCCCUGUUAGAUGACUUAGAUAAAGAACUGAACAACUACAUUAUGCGGUGUAGAGAAUGGUAUGGCUGGCAUUUCCCUGAAUUAGGAAAAAUUAUUUCAGAUAAUUUGACAUACUGCAAGUGUUUACAGAAAGUUGGCGAUAGGAAGAAUUAUGCCUCAGCCAAACUUUCUGAAUUACUACCAGAGGAAGUUGAAGCAGAAGUGAAGGCAGCUGCAGAGAUAUCUAUGGGAACAGAGGUUUCAGAAGAAGAUAUUUGCAACAUUCUGCAUCUCUGCACUCAGGUGAUUGAAAUCUCUGAAUAUAGAACCCAGCUCUACGAAUAUCUGCAAAAUCGAAUGAUGGCCAUUGCACCCAAUGUUACAGUCAUGGUUGGGGAAUUAGUUGGAGCACGGCUUAUUGCUCAUGCAGGUUCUCUUUUGAAUUUAGCCAAACAUGCAGCUUCUACAGUCCAGAUUCUUGGAGCAGAAAAGGCACUCUUCAGAGCCCUCAAGUCUAGACGAGAUACCCCUAAGUAUGGUCUCAUUUAUCAUGCUUCACUUGUAGGCCAGACAAGUCCCAAACACAAAGGAAAGAUUUCUCGAAUGCUGGCAGCCAAAACUGUUUUGGCAAUCCGGUAUGAUGCAUUUGGAGAAGAUUCCAGUUCUGCAAUGGGAGUUGAGAACAGAGCAAAAUUAGAGGCCAGGUUGAGAACCUUGGAAGAUAGAGGGAUAAGGAAAAUAAGUGGAACAGGAAAGGCAUUAGCAAAAGCUGAAAAAUACGAACAUAAAAGUGAGGUGAAGACUUAUGAUCCUUCUGGUGACUCCACACUGCCAACCUUUUCUAAAAAACGCAGGAUUGAACAGGUAGACAAAGAGGAUGAAGUUAUUGAAAAGAAGGCCAAAAAAGCCAAGGUUAAAAUUAAAGUUGAAGAAGAAGUAGUAGAAGAAGAAGUAGAAGAAGAAGGAGUACAAGUGGUUGAAGAACAGGAGACAUCUGUAAAGAAGAAGAAGAAAAAGGACAAAAAGAAACACAUUAAGGAAGAACUCCCUUCUGAGGAAGAACCAUGCACCAGCACAGCAAUUGCUAGUCCAGAGAAAAAGAAGAAAAAGAAAAAAAAGAAAAUUAAUGAGGACUAAUGGAAUGAAUCAUUCUUUCAAAAAUUUCCUAAUUGAACCACCUGUCCACAUCAUGCUUAAGAUUCAGUCAGAAAUAACAUCAGAGAUGCUCUCUAAAAUAUUUGAUGGCAGGUUGGGUGAAACAGUGAUUAAUCAUCAGUAGCAUUUCAUGCUUGUUUGUGUCUUGACACCACUUCAACUAAGAAAUGACAUUUUAUGUCAUUUCUUAGAAUAUUUGUUAUAUAAAUAAAAAUAUUUUCUUUUUAUUUUAA